AUGAGUAUGACGGUUUCUCCGCGGGGUUUCUUCGCAUGCCUAGUGUCGUGUUUGCCGGUGACUGGUCCAAACCUCGACAUGGGAUGUCCAUCUUUUAGAGUACAGAGCUCGUUAAUAAAACAUGAUGGCUUGCUAGAUCGAGGGUGCACACGGUGGCUAUGUCGGCAUGCGCUAAGAUUGGAGAUUGCGCCUUACAAAAAAGGAAAUAUCAACGCACCAGCUACACUUGAAUAUCUACACAGGCCUGAUGGCAAUUGUAGAACGGAAUGGAAUACCCCACGAUUGCAAUGA